GUUGCAUUACGACAUAUCGACACCACGAUGGAACCCAGGAUUAAAAAGUUUAUCGACAGCUUAUACAGGUUUCCUCAGAGCCAAACUUUUGAUGAUACAGAUCUUGACAGGUACCUACAGCCUUGGGGUUUCACUAUCUAUCGAACGUACUAUGGACCUGGAUCCGAUCAACAAUGGGAAAAGCUACUCCAGAAUAUCACCAGUGGUGUCAAGCACCAACUUAAAAGGCACGAAUCACCGAUAGACGAUCCUGCUACAAUUUGCAAAGCAGAAGAACUCUUCAAAUUAGAUGCGCGCUCAGAUUCUACCUUGGAUGGCCUGACGCUGGAAGAAGUACGACAGCUUUACCAUGACGGCACAGGGGGGCAGCCAAUGAAUACAGACAAGGACCCAUGGCGAAUCUUUAUAUUAGCGGACGAAGAAGUAUUGGCAAUCCCUAGCUUAAUUAAAUGUGUAGCAGCAGACUAUGACGCCGCUGCUUGUGUGCCAAAGAACCCGCGAUUUGGCCCACAGCGGUACUUUGGGUGGUUAAGGAUGUCUCCAAACCACGUUUUGAAACUAUGGUUUGAAUUGGAAAUAUAUUUCCUUAAGCAAAUUGUCAACUAUACAGCGGGUGGUCCUGGUGCGUGGUGGGAUCCAGAUGAAUGUUGAGCGACGGGAUUUUAUGGCGAAUCUAUCUGCCCAACCUCUCA